CUUACUCUCAGCCACGGUCCUAGCUUGGCUGAACGCAGCAAGCUCCAAUGCUGAACAUCUCCAGUCGUUAGGUACUCAGCCGGUUAGGGCUGCACAGGUUUACUUGCUGAUCACCGAUAAAACAUUUAGCUUCUUAUAGCUCUGGUUUCAUUACAACAAUGGCAGGAAAUCAGGAGGACGUCUGCGCGGAAUCCGACGCUCCAGCGAAUGAAGAAAACUGCUUGCACUUGCAGUUGCACACCGAUGAAGCGGUGUGGAUGCGUCAGAUCGGGCACUUAAAGGACUGGUGCUCUGCAACUCGCACCGUGAAGCUUGGCGUUCCAGCCUUGGUGUCCACUCCGCUCGCGGCAAACAGCAUUCGCCUGCUGUGGCUCUUUCCCAACCUCCAACGUUUGGAUAUUAACUUCAACAGCACACGUAGUUGCAUUGAGCAACCGGUGCUAAUUGCCUGUGCGGAGCUGAUGCACCUCACCUCCCUCUCCCUCUCCGGCGGCCAUCUCCCCCGCCGCUCUGCCGACCUGGAUCUGGGCGUGCUGACCAGCCUGCGCCGGCUGGCCGCCCUCGCCGUGCGGACCCACGGGUCGGAGGGGCUGGACGGUCUGGAGGACGAGCAGCUGGUGGGGGUGGGGCGGCUGACGGGGCUGCGCUGCCUGGCUCUGCGCGCCUCGGAGAACGUAACAGACGAGGGACUGUUCGCGCUGAGCGGCCUCACAGGCCUGACCCGGCUGCAGCUGGUCCCGCUGGGCCUGUGCGUCACCCGCUCCGGCAUCUCCCGCCUGGCCGCCUGCCUGCCGCACCUGGCGCACCUGGGGGUGGGGCUGCACGAGGCGAGGCAGGUGGCGGCGCUCAAGGGACUGGACGACGCCCCCCCGCAUGCGGCCCCGCAGCCACCAGCGGACCACCCACUGAACAGCAACGGCAUGAGCAACGACGGCAGCAGGGGCCACAGCGGGCACAGCGCCUCCCUGCUCCGGUCGCCGCCCGGUGCUGCUGCGGGUGCGGGCCCCGCCACCGUCACCGCCACCGCCAUUCCGCCACCCUCUCCACCACCCACGCAACCCACCCCCGCCACCCCUCCCUCCCCCUCCACCUCCUCCGGCUGUUCCGCCUCUCUGUCGGUUGUGUUGAACUCGCCCGAGGCGUGCGCCUCCGCCUUCCUGUCCACCCUGACGCUGGUGCUGCGCGGCCGGCUGGGCUCGCUGCGGCUGGGCACGGUGGAGGCGGCGGAGCCAGCCUUCCUGCUGGCGCUGGGCACCCUCACGCGCCUCUCGGAGCUCAAGCUGGGGGUGAGCCUACCCGAGGGCGGCCGCCCCUUCUCCCUGCCGCUGCCGCACCUGGCGCCGCUCAGCCGCCUGCGCACACUGGAGCUGGCGGUAACUCGGGAGCUGCGGCUGCCGCUCACACCCAAGAUGGUCGGUCUGCUGUCCGCCAGCUGGCCGCACCUGCGCAGUCUGAGCCUCUCACUGAUGACCAAGCCCGAGGUGGCGCCCGAGGCGCUGCGGCUGCUGGGGGCCUUCGGGGAGCUGCGGGAGCUGUCGCUGUUCGCACCGCUGGACUACUGUGACGAGGACGAGGACGGCGAGGAGGAGGGUGGCUUCGGAGGCGGUCCCGUGGGCAGCAGCGGCGGCGGCAUGGGUCCGCUGCUGCUGCCCGUCUCCCCGCGCCACCUGCCGCCGCACCUCACGCACCUGGUGCUCGAGUGCGCCCGGCUCGCAGCACACCAGCACCAGCACCAGCACCAGCAGCAGUCCGCAC